UUAUGAAAUGCAUCCCUACCUAAUCCCUCCAUCGACCUACCUACAUCUCCCCUCUCAUGUAGUACUCACACGCAUACAUCCUACGUAGUAUAUAACACAUAUAUGAGUAUGAGGAGAGAGAGCAUCAGGCACGUAUGCUGCAUGCCUGCGCCCCUUCGCCGCUCGGCUCUGAAUGCCCUUGGCACCAUGCCCUUGGCAGGGUCUCAUCCAAGACUCGCAUACAUGGGGCGCGGGAUUUCUCUGAGACAAGACACGCUCUCGUCCAGUCGUAAUCCGGCUAUCUUCUCACCCCCCUCCCCCCUCUCUUGUCUCUCUCUCUCUCUCCCUCUCUCCCUCUGCCUCGCUAUCUUCCCGCAUCUCGUGCUCCAACACGCAGAAGUGCAGUGCCCACGCGGCACACCGAAGUGGACUGGGGGGGAGGUGUGGCGUUGGAUACCCACGCCUCGCAUCUCGGCCGGUGAUGGCGAACGAUGGCCUCCCAUAUUAUAUAUUGCUUGCUUGCUUGGGCGUCCGACGCGCGUGCUUAUUCCUUGGCGAGACCCGGCGGUAUUCGUGCGUAGGCAAUAUGCGCAUGCAUGUCUGUCUCGUCUCGGGAAUGCAAACGCCGCCUCGCUCGUGUAUGAAGAAGAGCGAAGGGUUGAAAAGAGCCGAUGCGCGAGAGAGUAGUAGGGAAAAGGGUACCCCAAUCACCCACCACCUGCGUACUGGUGCAUAGCGACAUGCCUUGUACCCCAAAUACCUGAUCAGCGUGCAGAAGGGUGCCAU